AUGGGUUUCAACGAUCUAUUAUCCAAAGUCCCAAGCGGCCUGCUAGUGGGGUUUGCUGCCGUUGGUCUUUUUUCAGUGUCCAGCAAAGUAAUCAGCUAUAUUCGACUACUGCUGAGUCUCUUUGUGUUGGGCGGAAAGGAUUUGCGCAAGUAUGGAAAGAAAGGUACUUGGGCAGUCAUCACCGGCGCUUCCGACGGUAUUGGCAAGGAAUAUGCCAUCCAGCUUGCUCAGAAAGGAUUCAACCUCGUCCUGGUCUCCCGCACCGAAUCGAAACUCCAAACCCUCGCCAAAGAGAUCGAGCAGAAAUAUGCUGGCUCGGCUGUCAAAUGCAAGGUUCUAGCUAUGGACUUCUCAAAGAAUGACGACGCAGAUUAUGCGAAGUUCAAGGCCUUGGUGGAUGGGCUUGAUGUUGGGAUCCUGGUGAACAACGUGGGCCAGAGUCAUAGCAUCCCGGUACCUUUUAUCCUUACGCCUAAGGAUGAAGUGAGGGACAUCAUUGCGAUCAAUUGCAUUGCUACCCUCCGCGUCACGCAGCUUGUUGCCCCAGGAAUGGUGCAGAGGAAGCGCGGAUUGAUUCUUACAAUGGGUUCGUUUGCCGGCUGGAUGCCGACACCUCUCCUAGCUACGUACUCGGGCAGCAAGGCAUUUUUACAACACUGGUCUACGGCUCUGGCGGGCGAGUUAAAAGGUUCAGGUGUGGAUGUCGAGCUGGUGCUGAGUUAUCUGGUUACCACCGCUAUGAGCAAGGUCCGAAAAACUAGUGCGAUGAUUCCGAGUCCAAGAAGCUUCGUCAAGUCGGUUUUGGCGAAGAUCGGCCGCAGCGGUGGUGCACAAUCUAUAGCCUAUACAAGCACGCCGGCCUGGAGUCAUGCCCUGAUGCAGUGGUGGGUGGAGAACACCGUUGGGUUUGGAAGUGCGUUGGGUGUCAACGUCAAUAAAGGGCUCCAUGAGUCUAUUAGAGCGAGGGCAUUGAGGAAGGCGGCGAGAGAGGCAAAGAAGCAAUGA